AUGGCUCUGCAUAGAUUGCUUUCACAACAACUGCUUCUAUUUGGGUGGACAAUUUUAGCAGUAACGGCAGCAUCUCAACCCAGUUCAAGUUGCAUAAAUAGCUGUGGAUCACUUAGCAUCCCCUACCCAUUUGGUACAAGCGAGGGCUGCUACUUUGAUGAGUCUUUUCUCAUUACUUGUAACAACACUUCUGGGUCUUCAACGCCAUUUCUGCGCCAUUGUAAUUUAACAGUGCUCAAUAUAUCUCUGGAUGGUGAACUACGAGUCUCCAACUUUGUAGCCCGUAAUUGCUACAACAAUUCAGGGCUUGUUGACAGUGAUAUUUUCCAUCUUAGUUUAUUAAAUUUUUCCAUCUCGUAUACGAAGAACAAGUUCACUGCCGUUGUCUGUGACACUUUCGUGAUUUUUAAUGGUUUAUCACGGGGACAAAACUAUACCACUGGAUGCCUAUCACUUUGUGACCACAUCAACAGUGUGGUUAAUGGGUAUUGCUCUGGAAUUGGUUGUUGUCAGACAUCCAUCCCAGAAGGAGUGACGAAUUUUAUUGUGGGUCUUGGGAGCUUUAAUUAUCACUCCACGGUACUCGACUUCAAUCCAUGUGGUUUUGGUUUUGUAGGGGAAGAAGAUGCGUACAACUUUUCCUUCUUGGAUCUCAAAUUUUUACAAAAUAGAACAACCAUUCCCUUGUUGCUUGAUUGGGCUGUUGGAAAUGAGUCAUGCCAAGAUGCUAAGAGGAAUUUAACAAGCUAUGCAUGUAAGGCAGCAUAUGGUGAAUGUUACAAUUUCAACAACGGUCCUGGAUAUCGUUGCAAUGCUCCUUAG